AGGAACCAGGGCUGGGGUUAAAAGUCUUUAAAUUGUGACAGAGCAGAUGAAGAGGCUAGAAUGGGCUCAGAGAUGAACUCCACAGACAUGACCUCCACAGAUCAGAGGGCCUCCCUGGAUGUGAACAGGAAUCCCACCCCGGGGUCCGCUGGAUCCUCCAACUCCACUGCUAAUCAUGGCUCUUCCUGUCCCAUGAAGAUCCAGAAGUAUAUACGGAUCAAGAACUGGGAGACCGGCCAGCUAUUCUACGACACCCUGCAAAUGCAGUCCACGAUGGAGGUACCCUGUGGAGAGCGGAGGUGUUUGGGCUCAGUCAUGUUCCCUGAGCAGUUGAUCUGCAGACCUUCAGAGGAGCCUGUCAACAGAGAGAGGCUUCUGAGCAUGGCAACAGACUUCAUCAACCAGUACUACACCUCCAUCAAACGGUCCCAGUCCCAGGCGCACCUGCAGCGUCUGAGCACGGUGCAGAGUGAUAUCAGAGCUACGGGCUCCUACCAGCUGGAGGAGACAGAGCUGACCUAUGGUGCUAAGAUGGCCUGGAGGAACGCCUCCCGCUGUGUCGGGCGCAUCCAGUGGUCAAAGCUACAGGUGUUUGACGCCCGGGACUGCAGCUCGGCUAAUGAGAUGUUUACUCACAUCUGCACCCACAUAAAGUAUGCCACCAACAAGGGCAACCUGCGAUCGGCCAUCACAAUUUUCCCGCAAAGGUCAGAGGGUCUCACGGAUUUCCGCAUUUGGAACCCUCAGCUGAAUCGCUACGCCGGGUACAGCCAGCCAGAUGGCUCAGUCAUUGGGGAUCCCGCCAACGUCGAGCUCACAGAGCUCUGCAUCGAGAUGGGCUGGAAGCCUCGUUACGGGCGCUUCGACAUCCUGCCCCUGAUCUUGCAAGCAAGGGACGAACCACCUGCUUUCUUUGAGCUGCCGGCCGAGCUGGUCCUGGAGGUGUCCAUCACACACCCCACGUUUGAGUGGUUUGCGGAACUGGAUUUGAAGUGGUAUGCGCUCCCCGCAGUGUCCAACAUGAUGCUUGAGAUUGGAGGGCUGGAGUUUACAGCAGCCCCCUUUAAUGGGUGGUACCUGGGCUCUGAGGUCGGAGUCAGAAACUUCUGCGACAACCACAGAUACAACAUCCUGGAGGAGGUGGGCAGACGGAUGGGGCUGGACACCAAGAAGACCUCCUCCCUCUGGAAGGACAAGGCUGUGGUGGAGAUCAACAUUGCUGUGCUGCACAGCUACCAGCUGGCGAAGGUGACGAUUGUGGACCACCACGCUGCCACAGAGUCCUUCAUGAAGCACAUGGAGAAUGAGUAUCGCACGCGAGGGGGCUGUCCUGCAGACUGGGUGUGGAUCGUCCCACCCAUCUCCGGCAGCAUCACCCCUGUCUUCCACCAGGAGAUGCUGAACUACUUCAUCUCACCCUUCUUCUCCUACCAGCCUGAUCCCUGGAAGCUCCCGGGUUUCUCUACCAAGAAGAAGUUAACCUUCAAGGAAAUCGCAGAGGCAGUAACGUUUUCUGCCAGUCUGAUGUACCACGCCAUGGCAAAGCGAGUGAAAGCCAGAAUUCUGUAUGCCACGGAGACAGGCAAAUCUGAGACCUAUGCACAUAUGCUGUGUGACAUCUUCAAACAGGCCUUCAAUCCUAAGGUCGUCUGCAUGGAUGAGUAUGACAUUGUCAACCUGGAGCAUGAGAAUCUGGUCCUGGUCGUUACCAGCACCUUCGGGAACGGAGACCCGCCAGAGAAUGGAGAGAGCUUUGCCAAAGCACUGAUGGACAUGGCCCAACCUACCUCAGAACAACCGGAACCUCAGAAGAGCUACAAGAGGCGUUUCAACAGCCUGUCUAAAAUGGACAGCAUUCUGGAGUUGCAGAACAGGAAACCUCAUCUGUCCAGCACCACAGAGAGUGCCGGGCCCCUGGGCACUGUCAGGUUCUCUGUGUUUGGUCUGGGCUCAAGUGCAUACCCCCACUUCUGUGCUUUCGGCCAUGCGGUGGACACACGCUUUGACGAGCUGGGAGGGGAGCGCAUCCUGCAGAUGGGAGAGGGAGAUGAGCUCUGCGGGCAAGAGGAGUCCUUCAGGACCUGGGCCAGGGACAUCUUCAGGGCUGCUUGUGACACAUUCUGCGUGGGGAGUGAUUUGAGUCCGGACCAGGACGAGGAUGUGUUCUCAGGGGAUCACGGCUGGCAACCUGAAAAAUACAGGACAGUGAUCGAGGCCACACCCACAGACCCGAUCACAGCCCUCUCCAAGCUCCACAAGAGGAAGGUCUUUCAGGCUAAAGUCGUCUCAACACAAAACCUGCAGAGCCCAAAAUCCAGUCGUGCGACGAUCCUGGUGCGCUUGGACACAGGGGGGCAGAAAGAGCUACAGUACCUCCCCGGGGAUCACCUGGGCAUCUUUCCAACCAAUCAGGACGAGUUGGUGCAGGCCGUGCUGUCCCACAUCUCCGAUGCCCCGCCCAUUAACGAGACCAUCGCUGUGGAAUUCCUGGAAAAGAAUGGUAAAAGCAGCUGGGUGCGUGAGAACCGCCUGCCCCCCUGCACCCUGCUCCAGGCUCUGUCUCACUUCCUAGACCUCAGCAGCCCUCCAAGCCCCAAGCUCCUGCGCUCCCUGUCCCAGUGUGCCAGCGCAGAUGAGGACAAGAGCAGGCUGGAGAAACUAAGCCAGGCUGGAGAUGACUAUGAGCAGUGGAAGUGGUUCCACUCUCCCACACUGGCAGAGGUUCUAGAGGAGUUCCCCUCACUCAGCUUGCCCUCCUCCCUCCUGCUCAGCCAGGUGCCCCUGCUGCAGCCCCGCUACUACUCCAUCAGCUCCUCCCCCGAGACCACCCCCAGCCAGGUCCAUGCCACCGUCGCUGUGGUGCAGUACAGGACACAAGAUGGAGCAGGUCCCCUGCACCUUGGAGUCUGUUCCACAUGGCUGAACCAGCUCAAGCCUGGGGAGGAGGUGCCCAUCUUCAUCAAAGGGGCACCCUCCUUCCACUUGCCUGCUGAUGACUCUGUGCCCUGUAUCCUGGUGGGGCCAGGCACUGGUAUCGCCCCCUUCAGGAGUUUCUGGCAACAGCGGCUGUACGAGAUAGAGCACCAAGGAAAAAAGCCCAAGGAAAUGGUGCUGGUAUUUGGCUGUCGCCGGGCAGAGUUUGAUCACAUUUACAAGGAGGAAAUGGAGGACGUGAAAUGCAAGGGGGCCCUCAGUGGCGUGUACACAGCCUACUCCAGGGAGGAGCACACCCCGAAGAUGUAUGUCCAGGAUAUUCUGCGGGAGCAGCUGGCCUCACAGGUGUACCAGACGCUGUGUGUGCAGAGGGGUCACAUGUACGUGUGCGGAGACGUCACCAUGGCGAAGGAUGUGCUGAACACGGUGAAAGAGAUCCUGUCAACACAAGGGGGGAUGAGUCUCGAUGAGGCUGGGGAGUAUCUCAGCAAGCUGAGGGACCAGAGCCAGUACCAUGAGGAUAUCUUUGGGAUCACUUUGCGUACACAUGAAAUUAGGUCUCUGAUCCGAUACAGAUUCCACUUUCAGGAGCAGAAAAAGCUCGGGAAUGUGGAGAAGUCAGAGCAAUAAUCUGCUAUUGUCUUGUCAGUGGGACCCAUACCACAUUUACACACACUAAUACACAUAAACACACACACACACACAUAUAAUGUGGACAUACACAAUAUAUACAACU